CAUUGAGAACACCAGGUCAUUGUUGACCAGAAGAAACAAUUUGCAUUGGCUCUUCUAAAGCUGUUCUGGCUUCCUCAUUUUGAAUUCAGAUUUCAAGCACCGUUCCGUUUUAAGCUCUGGAAGGGCAGACAGCUAAGAAACCAAACUGCUGAAGACUGGUAUUUACUGGAAGUUUCCCUGCGACACUCUCACUGCAAAAAUUAAGUUGGUGUACAAACGUACCCUAAGGGUUAAAAUGCCAUCAGUUUUGCAAGAGUUGUUGUGCAAAGAAGUUAUGGGAGGCAGUUAUGCAAGAGAUUACCAGGAUGUAUUUGUGACAUUUUGCCUAUAUUUUUAUAGGCUGUGGGCUUUGCUAGCUAGGCUAGUGUUUAUUAUCUGUUUCCGCCCCCCAGUUGCCCUUGAAAAGCUGGUGGUGAGCUGCAGUCCAUGUAGUGUACGUGUGCUCACAAUGCUGUUAGGAAGGGAGUCCCAGGAAUUUGACUCAGCCACAGCGAAGGAACAGCAACAUAUUUACAAGUCAGAAUGGGUGUGAUUUGGGCAGGAACUUGUAGGUGGUGGGUUUGCCAUCAUCUGCUGCUCCUGUCCAUCUAGGCCACAGAGUUCUCAGGUUUGGAAUGCGCUGUCAGAAGAACAUUGGUGAGUGCAUGCGCAUCUUGUGGGUGGCCCUCAGUGCUGCCACUGUCUAUUGGUGGGGAGAGGAAUGAAUGUUGAAGGUGGUGGACAUUGUGUCACUUAAAUGGACUGCUUUUUCCUGGAUUAUAUCAAGCUUCUUGAACGUUGCACUGCACCCAUCCAGACAAAUGGAGAAUAGUCCAUCACAAUUCUAACUUGUGCCUUGCAGAUAGUGGACAGACUUUUGGAAUUCGGGAGAAUUGUCUGUAUUUGGCACCAAUGAUCACUUUCCUACUGCCUUCAAAUGUUGCAGAAAAAUUAACACGAGUCCCCUUUCCCUCCCUCCAUUUCUGAAGAAGGGCCGAGACAUGAAACGUCAGCCUUCCUGCUCCUCUGAUGCUGCUUGGCCUGCUGUGUUCAUCCAGCUCUACACCUUGUUAUCUCAGAAGAAACAGUCACUUCUUUUCUCGGACUAUCAGUAAAAUAUCAUUAUCUUUGAAAAUGGAGAACACUGAGAACAUUAGCAUGAUCUCCCAAGUUGCAAAACGGCGUGUCGUGUCAAAAGAUGGCCACAACAAUGUGAAAAUUGACCAAGUGGAUGGCUGGGCCUUCCUUUACCUACAGGAUCUUUGGACCACUGUCAUUGAUAUGAAGUGGCGUUACAAGCUAACUCUCUUCACGGCAACUUUUGUGAUUACGUGGUUCCUUUUUGGCAUUCUCUGGUAUGCAUUAGCAUUUGUACAUGGAGAUUUAGAGCUAUUGCAUCCCCCAGCUAACCACACACCUUGUGUAGUCAACAUCGAAACUUUAACAGGAGCAUUCUUGUUUUCCCUGGAGUCCCAGACGACCAUUGGUUAUGGAUUCCGCUGUAUCACAGAGGAAUGCCCAUUCGCCAUUAUCUUGUUAAUCGUUCAGUUGGUCAUUACCACCUUGGCGGAGAUCUUCGUCACUGGUACUUUUCUGGCAAAGAUAGCAAGGCCAAAAAAACGCUCUGAGACGAUCAGGUUUAGCUACCAUGCUGCCAUUGCCAUACACAAGAACAAGCUUUGCCUCAUGAUCCGGGUUGCUAACAUGAGGAAGAGUCUGCUGCUUCAGUGUCAGCUUUCUGGGAAGUUCCUGCAUAAUCACAUCACCGAGGAAGGUGAGACCAUCAAACUCAGGCAGGCAAACGUGAAUUUCCAGGUGGACGCUGGUUCUGAGAGCCCUUUCCUCACCUUCCCAUUGACAUUUUAUCACAUUAUUGAUGAGAAGAGCCCACUGAACAGAUACGCAUCGGCAAAUCUAAGGGAUAAAGACUUUGAGCUAGUUGUCAUUUUAAAUGCCACAAUGGAGUCUACAGGAGCCGCUUGCCAGAUCAGAACCUCGUAUGUGCCAGAGGAGAUUCUUUGGGGCUAUGAGUUUGUCCCUCUUAUGUCACUGUCCCCUAGUGGGAAAUAUCUGGUUGACUUCAGUUUCUUUGACAAACUUAGGAAGAGUUCGAACCCUUUCUUUUCCUCCGGAGCACUGAGGUAUGGGGACAUUGAUAAACUAAGACUUGAAGAAAAAUACAGAGAGGACGAACGGAACACAUUGUUCAGUAAGAUUCCAACUGUCCAUAGCAAUGUCUAGCAAAACAUUUGCACAGAAUAUAUCGGCGUAAGGAAGUUUUUUAAUCAAUAAACAACUGUCUGGUACAUACCGAGCCUUAAGUCUUACACAUCAAAAUAAUGCAUUUAGUCAAAAUCAAUAUUAGGUGGUUCCCAAUGAUCUUAUGUGACAAGAGCAAUGUUAGUAAUUAUGUUAAUGAAAAAUGUGUCAUUUUUAUUUGAUUACUCACUUUAUCAAAACUGAAUCAUACAAUCCAUCCAUCAGUGUCUGUUGAUGGAGGACUCUGGUUCCCAAACCCAAGAGCUUUCUCCAUUUUCCCAGGUUUCAAAUGUGCCAUUUUAUUUGUUGUCUUCCUACUCCUUGCUUCCCUACUGUGUUAAAAUCAGGAUUCUUCACAUUGUCUCAUACUUGAAUGUAUUCUUUUCUGGAACCUCAAAAUUGGGUAUGCAGCUCCCUCCCUCAAUAUUGACUUCUUCUUAUAAUUUACCAUCUUUUAAAAUCCAUGGUAGAUGUCACAAAACCCAACACUGGCUAGGCAGUCUGUUACACAGCUUCCAAGUUACAAAACAGAACUGUAAUUUUCCAUCACAAACAAAAACAGAAAUUUCUGGAAAAGCUGAAGAGGUCUGGCGGCAUCUGUGGAGAGAAAUCAGAAUUAAUGUUUCGGGUUGAGUGAUCCUUCUUCUGAACCCGUACGCAGAACCCAUGUUAUUUUCCAAACCUGGAUUUGUAAUUAGUGUUAUGGAGCAGGGGAAGUUAAAUGAAAGAAAGUCCCUGGAAUUCACUUUAUAAGUAAUAAGUAACAAUUUAUUUACUUAACACUAACAAUAAACAAAUUAACAGAACUACUAACAAACUGAACAAUUUCCCCCAAACUGCUAACUAUUUCCUACCAGAACAAAAUUCAACUGGUAUGCUAUUCUCUUAGGACAUCCUCAUUAAUUAACUUAUUUUGAGGUACGUCAAAACCCAAAUCAUCUGGAUUUGAUUCCUAAUCUGAGGGGCAGUGAUUAAUACCUGCUUCUCCAGUUCCCUGUCCCUGCCAUAGUAAGGUUUCAGCAUAUUCACAUACCCGAUAAAGUGUUUUCCUAUUUGGCAUCUUUACCAGAUAAUUUACCUAACUCAACUUCUCAAUCCGAUAAUGACCACUAAACAUUACUUUGAAGGGAUCUUCUACCACUGGUAAUGACACCUAUACUUUAUCCCCAUAGGCAAACGUACAAGUCUUAGAUUUCUUUAUCUGCUUCUUGCUUCAUUUAGAUGCUGUGCCAUCUUCAAAUGCUGUCUAGCUAAUUCAUCAACUCUGUUUAAUCUUUCUCUCACCUCAGAUACAUAUUCCAACUGUGAGAUGUCUGACUUCAGAUCUAUCAACUUUCAUUUCAGUCCUUUUACUUUGGUUAUCCUGUUUAAUUUGCAACUUCUGAAGUUCAAACUCUCUCUCUUUCUCCCUCUCUUCUCUCUCUUUUCUCUUUCUGCUCUCUCUUUUUCUUUUUGCUUGGCUAGAGCAAUUCUUUCUUUUCCCUCUGCUUUUUACUGUAAUUCAAACCAUUUCAGUUCACUUUCUUCCCCUUCGUCCCUGGCUCUUCUAACUCCAAUUGUCUAAUUUUCCAUUUAAGCUUUUCCAACUCCACUGCACUUGCCUGCUUCUCUAAUGUACCUAAAUACUUGACCAGCUGUAUCACAAUUUCAGAGAUAAUGGGAACUGCAAAUGCUGGAGAAUCCAAGAUAACAAAGUGUGGAGCUGGAUGAACACAGCAGGCCAAGCAGCAUCUUAGGAGCACAAAAGCUGACGUUUCGGACCUCAACCCUUCAUCAGAAAAGGGGAGGAGGGUAACUUCUUCAGGUUAGGCAUCCUGGAAGACGCUUCGCAGUGAGGUUGAAAUUGUGAUCAGAAAUAAUGGGAACUGCAGAUGCUGGAGAAUCCAAUACAACAAAGUGUGGGGGCUGGAUGAACACAGCAGGCCAAGCAGCAUCUU